AUGAUCAUGAUCUACGUUCAUAUGUUGGUAAGGACGCAGCCGGCGCUGGGAAGACCGUUCUUGCGUAACUCAUACAUCAUCGAUCAUCUGACCCAGCAACACAAGCGUGACAAUGACAAUGUUGCAGUGGUCUAUUUCUAUUGCAAUCACAAAGAUCAAUCAACACAGACAACUUAUAACCUCGUGGCAAGCCUCUUAAAGCAACUCGUUCAAGAUUUCCCUCAUACCUUUGAGCGCGUCAAUACUGAAUACAGGUCUCAUCGAGAAAAGCAAAUCAGACCAACUCUAUCCGAGGUUUGCAAUACGUUAAAGAAGGAAUUCUCCGAGUUCUCUCGAGUUUUCAUCGUUGUCGACGCUUUGGACGAGGUAUCCGAGGACGACAGUCGUGCUGAGCUUCUCACUAGUCUCCAAGUAAUUGGAGCCAGCUUAUUGGUAACCUCUCGUGACAUUCCAAUUAUCGGAACAGCUCUUCGUGGCAACCAACGUAUGGAUAUCCGUGCACGUCAUGACGACAUAUGCAAAUAUAUCGAAGGCCGUAUUCGUUCAGGGAGCCACCUUACACAGUUGGGCAGACUCCUGGAUAAACAUCCCCAUGUUAAACAAAAAGUUUUGGAGUGUCUUCCAGAAAAAGCGCAGGGAAUAUGAGUGGUUUAGGUGCUGUUCUCAUGUUCAUUUCGUUUUACAAGGUUGUCUAAGGUUUCUACUGUGUCGUUUGCAUCUGGACUCAUUAUCGCGCAAGAUCACUCCUCGUGGCGUGUUGGACGCUCUCAGCCAU